AUAUGUUAUAACAAUACUCUGAAACGUGUUGUCUAAUGACUUUAACAAUCGUCAAAAGACUAGAGUUAUAUUUUAAGACCAUAAGAUGUCAAGUGUUUUCUAGGACUUAGACAAUAGUCAAAAGACUAGAGAAAUAUCUUAUAACCAUACUGUGAAUAGUGUUGUCUAAUGACUUUGACAAUAAGUCUAUAUCGACUUGAAAUAGCUGCUGACCACAUUGUGAAAACCGUUUGUUAAUGACGCUGACAAUAGCCUAAUAACUCGACUGUCACGUCUUGUUCGCUUGAGUAAUUGACAAGCUCUGGGAAAUGUUAUCUGCCGCUGAUUUCAUCACGACAUCCAUAACAUCUAUUGUACUUGCGCGUCCGUGAUCGGGCGAAAGACAACAAAAAAAAGAAGGCGAUAGGCAAUUUUCUCUGAAAAUAUAUUUCCUAGCAAUCCAGUCUUUCCAUCAACGUAUUUGCCAAGCGCGUUGUGUUUCUAUGACAAUGCAGCAACACGUGGAGUGCUGGUGACAGGUUUCCCCUGACAAUGAUCUGCAAUUGAAUAGCGUCAACUACAGCGCUGGGUUGUCAGUUUCGUAUGCAAUCAGUUUCAUAUGCAAUACACAUGAAAAUGACGUCGGAGAAGAACAAGAUAGGUAGUAUGAUCAACAGGAUCAAGGAAACGGCGGGCAGAGUUCAUGAGAUCGUACUGCUGAGCAAGAUGAUGCCUGCCAGCGCCAGAACGCAGACGGGAUGUAACAAAAAGAGCUCAGAUUCAUGUCCGAAAGGACAUGAAAUGACAAAAUGUAAAAGCGAAGAUGGCUACUACUGCAAACAAUGUUCCGAGAUCGCUUUUCAACCCAACGAAAAUAGACUGGGUGACAGGUGUCGUCUCCGGCGAGCCUGUACGCAACAUUACAUGGAGUACAAGGAUUAUGGCAGCAAGAUUAAGAAUGCUGACUGCCAGUGUUUCAAGGGCUACCAUUUUGAAAACGAAGACCAGCGCGCAUGCGUACCAAACAGAGUGUGUAACAAGGGUUACGGACAGGGACUCUUCGGAGUCUGUACGUACUGCUUGGAGAAGAAUAUGUAUUCAGAUGUUAAAGACAGAUUUCAAAAGUGUAAACCUCUAAGAAACUGUGAGAAGGAGGGCAGGUGCACGAAAACAAAGAGCAACGGAACGUUUGACAAUAUUUGCGGGCCGCCAGUUCGAGACAUCAACGACUGCAGCAGCAUCAUCGCGCCGGCUGACGACGACAAGGCUGUGAGAGCCGCAUACAUCGCCGCCGGCGUCGUGGGAGCGCUGCUCAUCGUCGUGUUGAUUGUAAUGCUGCUUCUGUACAUGCGCAAACGUCGCUUCCGCCGGAAGUACCUGGAGCGGCCCCUGACGCCGGACCAGCUGGAGGAAUUGAAGAAGAAGAUCUUGGAGAAGUGUGAGAAAGACAACGCUUUGUGUAAAAAAGUUCUAGGAGAGGCCUGCCCAACAAUAGAGAACCGGAUAGACAAACAGCUGUGGACGUUAGCCCAGGAGCUGUUCAGGUCUCACUAUCAGGCUGGCAAAUACGAGGUGCUAGUGGAGAAAUACAAAGAAAUGUCGCCCAAGAUGGCCGUGCGCGGUUACCUGGGGGAGUGGCGAACCUGGAAGGAGGACACCUACCCGUCCGUCUGCCAGCUGUUCCAGUGUCUGCGCUACUGCAAGCGAGACGACAUCACCUUUGAAAUAUGCAACCACCUCAGAGGUGAAGUGGGUGACAUAGUCGUUGAUGCUGAAGGGAACAUCAUCCACGGUGGGGAAGUGCACAACCGCGCUCAGAACAGUCUGUUCUACGGUUUACCAGGGAUGUUCUCCUGUCUGAAAAAACCACAGAAAUCCGACCCCGUCAAGGAGACGGGCGGGGACUCCACCAACAAACUGCUCGAGUGUCAGGUGCGGGACCAGGAGCUCACCAGGGUGGAGGCGAGCGCCCCCGCGUUAGACGAACACAACGGCCUGUUGACCGACUCAGACGUGUCUUUCCAUCGCCAGUAUUCCAUGCCCGUUCAGUGUACGUCAUGAUUCUGAUGGUGGAGAUGAUGAUGUGUGUGUAUGUGUGAUAUAUUCUCAAAACUUACAUGAAGACUCAGGUUCUUGGAACUGUGGAUUUUAUGCGACUUCUCGUUACGUUCUGGUAUGAAAUGAGGAUCCUAUGAUACCAUUCUGGAAUUGGUUCUUUGUGUUCUGAAGUUCUCGAUCCCUGAAUGAACAGAAGGCGUACCAUUCUGAAUCUGGAUAUUUGUUAUGAAGAUUAAAAGCAUAGAAGAAUAAAGAGGAUACACUGCAUAUUUGUCGUAAAUGUAUUGUAUCCUUGAAUGGAAUGAAAACAUCAUACCACUCUGUCAUGGGGCAUUUGUUCUGAAGUUUAGGAUUCUUGAAUGAACAGAAGGCGUACUAUUCUGACGUUGGAUAUCAGUCCUGAAGGUUUAAGUCCUAGAAAAUAAAGAGUGUAUGAUUGUUACAUUGGAUAUUUGCAUAUUUGUCACAAACGUUGUGUUAUCCUUGAAUGAAAAGGAAAUAGUAUACGAGUCUGACGUUGGGAAUUUCUUAUAAACAUUUAGAACCUUGAAUGACGAGAAGAGCUUUACCAUUCUUGAACUGCAUCAUUUUUAUGAUGGUUAUGGAUCCUUGAAAGCAAGCUACCAGCAUACCAUUGUGGUGAUGGUUAAAAUCAUAGAAGAAUAAAGUGCAUACAAUGGAUAUUUGCAUAUCUGUCACGAAUGUAUUGUAUCCUUGAAUGAAAAAAAAAGAGCAUACAAUUUUGACAUUGGCGUUUUGGAUCCGUGAAUGAAUAAAUCUUGCAUUGUAAAUGUU